AUGGCUGACCUCCACACCACCAAUCUGUGUGUACAAAUAGUAUCGACGCACUUUGGUCCCCUUGCCUCAAAAAUAGCCUCGGUCCUGCUUAGCCACGGCAGACUAACUCUUCCCCAACUUGUCCGUUUCACCGCAUUGAAGCCUCGGCUAGUCCGCAACAUUCUCCUCGUACUCAUCCAACAAAAUAUUAUCUGGCAUGCUAACUCGGAAACUGAUGGGAGCGGCGAGGAAGUGCUUGAGAUCAAUGCCGAUGAAUGUCUUAUGAGAUUGCGAUUUGGUGCAUUUGUAUAUCAGGCAGAAGAAUUGUUUGGAGUUGCGGGUGGUGAAAUUGUUCAGCUUGUUUUACACCACGGAAAGUUGACAUCUCCUCAAAUCCUCCAACGAUUGAACGCAGCUACUACUACUACAUCCUUCCUUGCCGGUGAAGACAAGACGCCUGUAGUCUACUCACAAGCUCUACACAAACUUGUGUUACUACAUUAUCUCAAACCUUCUGUGGUAUCUUCUCAUAUAUCACCACGAGACAAGCGUAUACAGUACGAGGCCGAGGAAAAAGCAAAGAUUUCAGGUUUCCCGACAUCUAAGCAAUUGAGGGAAGCCAAGGAAACUGUGGAUGCGCGUUUGAGGACGGACGAGGAAGAAGUAUGGAAGAUCGGUUUGAAAAGAAAAGCAAAGUCACAGUUACCAUCAACCAAGAAGCGAAAGGUAACCUCUACCAAAGAAGAGGAUGACAUGGUUGUAGACGAGACCGUCUACUUUCGUGUCAACUUCGAUAAAUUCAAUAUACAUACUAGGAAUGCCCUCAUCGAAAAAGCCGCAAAGGAAAGGUACAAUUCUGGCGCUGCAUUGGUCGUACAUGCUAUUCUCAAAAUUACGGAAGAAUCCCAACACAGCGUGGCGGAUUGUCGUUCGGAUCCUCUAUCGGUAUCCAACAUUACCCUUCACCUGUCUUCAGAAGAAGACGAGGAAACACUGACCUCCGGUCUGAUACAAUCUUCAUCCAGAACAAUGUCUUCUGGAUCAUGUAUCAAAGAGUACCUGGGUAUAUUAUCGAGUGCGGAUAAUCCCACCCCUGCGGGGCGCGCUGGAGCUUUCCUGGAACUUAGUUCUAAAGGAGGUGGUAGCGGGAAGGUUCAAAUGUUGUUCGACGUUGUUGCACGGCGAUUGAGAAGGCAGGUUUUGGAGGGUGUUGCUCGAGAAAGGCAUGGCUCGGAGGGUGUGAGGGUCGUACGAUUACUCAUGGAUACGGGAAAGUUGGACGAGAAGCAGAUAUCCAAACAUGUUAUGAUGCCCUUGAAAGACGUCCGACCUCUCCUUUCGGCCCUAUCCGCGUCCUCCCUCGUCAGCAUCGUCGAAGUUCCCAAAUCCGCAGAUCGCAAUCCCACACGGAUGUUCUACCUAUGGCAGGUAGAUAUACCGAAGGCCUUUUCAUACAUCCUUAACGUCCUAUACAAAACACUCUACAAUAUUUCCGCACGCAGGCAGGCAGAACGUGAGGAUCCAAUGCUUAUCGCUGUUUUGAACAAACGUGAAAGGAGCGACGUAAGCGUCGAUGUGGAGGGGCUGUUAUCUCAGCACGAGAAAGAAGUACUCAAGGCAUGGGAGGAAAAGCAAGAAAAAUUAGGUAUAUUGGAAGGAAGAGUCGAGGAAAGUGUUUUCAUUGUGAGGGAUCUGGGUAGGGCUGUAGGCUCAUUGGAGGAGAAUUAG